AUGUCUGACCGUCGCUCCAAGCUUUUAGCCUUAGCCAACAAACGUAAGAACACUGAAGAUUCAGGUAGUGAGGAUGAGAAACCUCAAAAGAAGGUCUUGAAAAAGAGCAACGCUGCCAGCAAAAAGAAGCAACACAAGAGCAGGGAUGUCAGUGAUGACGAAUCUGAGGAAGAGGAAGAAGAAGAAGAAGAAGAGGAGGAGGAGGAAGAGGACAAUUCAUCGGAUGAAGAGGUUGUGAAGCCCAAAAAGAGCUCAAACAAAGGUGGUAGCAGUAGUAGUUCUAGCAAAAAGUCCAAGCAAAAGUCUAGAAAGCAAAAGGACAGUGAUGAUGAUGCGUCUGAUAAUGAGGACAAGAGUGAUAUUUCCGAGGGUGAAUUGGAAGUCCUGGAUACAAGCUUAAUCAUUUCUGGUGGCAGAAGAACUCGCGGAAAGAAGAUUGAUUACAAGCAAUUCGGUGCUGACCCUGAGGAUGAAGAGUAA